AUGCCUUUCCAACAGGGUGACGCUGGCAAGGGUGCUGGUCUUUUCAAGACUCGGUGCGCACAAUGCCACACUCUCGGUGCGGGCGAGCCUAACAAGGUCGGCCCCAACCUCCACGGCCUUUUCGGCCGGAAAUCCGGCCAGGUCGAGGGUUUCUCGUACACUGCUGCGAACGUGAACAAGGGUGUUGUCUGGGAGGAGCAGACUCUCUUCGAGUAUCUCGAGAACCCCAAAAAGAUGGCGUUUGCGGGUCUCAAGAAGGAGAAGGACCGGAACGACCUCAUCACCCACCUCAAGGAGGCGACCGCAUAG